GGAGUUAACUAGAAAAUUAUUUAGGAUUUCGAGGUCGGGUUAAUAUAAAUGUAACUCGACGUCACAAUUUGUUUUUAAAACAUGUCUUACAUGGAGUGGGCCGAGUCUCAACUCGCUGAAGUUGAGCUGCUAACCAGCAUGUUUCCCGGUCAGGACGAGCUGGAGCUCACCGACCAGCUGGCUUUGGCUGAACUUAGGAGCUACGUGGAAAACUCGGCUUCUGGGGAAAAGCCUCCUCCCUCCAGACCCCAGUUUUUCAUCAAACAGAGACUGGACUCUUCAGUUAUGAAUGAGACGGAGUUUAUUCUGACCUGUGCCUAUCCGUCUGAAUAUCCCAGUGUGUUACCUGAUAUAACAGUAAGGUGUUCAGCUCUUAGCAGGGCCCAGCAGACAGAGAUCCAGACAGAUCUCAAUAAGUACCUCAUGAAAAACUGCCUGGGAGACUUAUGUGUGCUUGCUGCAGUGGACUGGGUGAAAGAAAACGUGGUACAUUUCAUUAAGAAGAGCUUGUCAACAGCACCGGCUCCUAAGCUGGAGUCUGCUUCUCAACCUCCGCGAGAAGUUUUCAGUCGACUGUGGAUCUACAGCCACCACAUCUACAACAAGUCAAAGAGGAAGAACAUUUUGGAGUGGUCAAAAGAGUUGGGCCUCUCAGGAUUCAGCAUGCCUGGAAAGCCUGGCAUUGUGUGUGUUGAAGGUCCUCAAUCUGCCUGUGAGGAAUUUUGGUCCAGAGUGAAGGUUCUGACAUGGAAGAAGAUCAUGAUUCGACACAGAGAGGAUAUUACCCUUAAUCGCCAAGGCGACAACAGCAACACUGUUGAGAGUUUAGACUCCCUCCACAAAUUCACAGGCUUUGAAGAGGCGAUGUUUGACCCUCAUGGGAACAGAGGCAAUCACAUGGACCUUGGACAGCUCUACCAGUUCUUAAAUGAGAAGGGCUGCUGUGAUGUCUUUCAGAUUUAUUUUGGCAUUGAAGGCAGGUAGCAGUCAACGUCUGUGCACAGGUUGUGAUAAAAGUAAAAUAAAUUAUUUUUUUUUUGUUUUAUUAAAGCAGCUCCAAUGAUAAAAAUACAGAAAGAAUUACAUUGACAUUUUAGAGAUUAUUUCCUUAUUUUGGCAAAACUAAAGAAAACGGAUGGAAAUAAAAAUGAUGGCUCACUGGCAGAUCCCCAGUAUGUUCCUAAUAUUAAUUUCCAUUGUUUUUAGUUUUAUUUUGAUGCAUGAUUUCCAUUUUUAAACAAGCUGUUCUUACAGCAAAAUCUCCUUGUACUGUAUGAAAUGUCUUUAUAGAUAUUUGCUGAACAAUUUGUGAAAAUCAGUUUACAGUAUUAAUGUGUUUUAACUUGUAAAAAAAAAAAAUCAUUUUUAGCACAAUUGUUUCAAAGUAUAGACAUCAUUAUCCAGAUUUUUACCUGAUCACUGAAAAUGUAUUUUAGCACUUCGUUUUCAGAUUGACUACUAAAUGCCAGAAAGUCCUGUUGAAUUAAAUUUUAACAAUUAACAUUUUUACAUGAAUGCAAAGUUUUAAUUUACAAACUAAAAGUGUCCAGCAGAUGGCACUAAUAGAUAGUGGAAAUGCAAACAUUGCAUUCUGAGAACUUGGAUUAUACGAACUCGAACACUUGUAACAGUAGCCAUGUGGUUGUUAAAUGUUCAUUUUGUAUAA